ACCCUCUCCUUUGCUUCGACGGGGUAUCAAAUAUAUCUCUGAAAAUUUAUUAAAAUUAAAAUAAAAAGCAUUAAACAGCAAAGAAACUGUUUACAACUAACUGAAUUGUGUAGAAUAAGGAUCAUAUUAGAGAAAUAAGAUCCUUGCUAAGUAUAUAUUCAAAUUAUAUUAUACAACAGAGAAAUAAAAAUCAAACGAAAACAGAAAGAAAUUGAAAAGAAAAUAAAAAAGUAAGCGAUGACUGACAACAACAAUUUUCACCUGCCUCGUGUAAUGCACAAACAAGAACAGGAACUUGAUCAGAACAAUCAUAGUGAACAACCGAAUCCACAAAUUGUGCUGCAUUACCAAACUGUCGGUGAUGAGCAGAUUGUCGAGGACCAUUUGAUUGAAGAAGAGCAUUACGAAGAAGAAAUCGAUGAUGGCAAUAUUAUCAGUGAAGUGAUUGAAACUGACGGGUCUGGACAGACAGUAACAUUAACGACGGUUUCAUCUGACAACAGUGGGCCACCUUCGACCAUCAUCCACAAACCUGCAAUCAAAAAGUACUUGACGCCAUCAACAGGCGGUCAGCGAGAAAUCUCUUCAUCUUCCACAAUCCGAAACCCAAAAUCCUCAUCAUCGACAGUUUUCAACAACAAUAACAAUACAAUCAACAAGAGCAGUUCCAGCACAAACCAUCAAUAUCAGUCGUUCAUUGGUCGUCUUGUGUCGAAAGAUAAUAUUCUUUUGAUCAGUCAAAAUGUCAUUGAAAUUGGUCGCAACUCAUCAAAGUCUGCCGUUGACUUUCACGUCGGUAAGAAUAGUUUCGUUUCUCGUAAGCAUUUGAUUCUACAUUAUGAUGGACAUGACUUCAAUCUGGUGUGUGCAAGUAAAAAUGGAGUUUUCAUUGAUGAUCAGUUUAUUCGUAAAAGCAACGAACCAACAAGAUUACCAAGCUCCUGUACAUUACGUUUUCCAAGUACAAAUAUUCGAAUACAAUUUGAGAAUUUGGUUGAUCAAAAUAAUCGUAAACACGAUGGACCUGGCGGCAAAUCAACUUCAGUUGAGAAUACAAAUACCGUUUAUCGUCCACUCAAGAUAUCAAUUCCAGAACAAGAAGGUGCAUUGAAGAACAUUAAAAGUCCUUUUCCAUCUCCAACCGGUACAAUGUCAGCUGCUAAUUCAUGUCCAACAAGCCCACGUCACAAUAAUUAUCAUGACUUUUAUUCCCAACAUAAUAAUGGUCAUAGCAGUCACAACUUCAAUGAUAUGGAAUUCACUGCACCAUCAACAUCAGGAACAGGAUCAGAAAUGGAGAAACCACCGUACAGUUAUGCUCAACUAAUUGUGCAAUCAAUAACAGCAGCGCCUGAUAAACAAUUGACAUUAUCUGGCAUAUAUUCCUACAUCUCCAAGAACUAUCCAUAUUAUCGGACUGGUGCGAACAAAGGAUGGCAAAAUAGCAUUCGUCAUAAUCUCAGCUUGAAUCGUUACUUUAUUAAAGUGCCACGAUCACAAGAUGAGCCUGGAAAAGGAAGUUUUUGGCGCAUUGAUCCACACAGUGAAAACAAGUUGAUUGAUCAAAGCUAUCGUAAGAGAAGACAGAGAGGGACGCAAGGAUUUAGAACGCCAUUUGGAAUGCCACGUUCAGCUCCUGUUUCACCGAGUCUCAUGGAAAAUUCACCAGAUAAUUCUCAAGACAAUUCACCACAAGAAUUGAAUGAUGUUGUGCUACAAUCAGCACCAGGAUCACCGCGCUCAAAUAAUUAUUCGUCGGGUAAUAAUCAAGCAUCAUUCAACAGUCAGUAUGGAAGUUCAUUUGUAAGCCCUCAAAACUCCAACAACAACAGCAUUAAACGUGAACGCGACUCUGGUGAAUUAUAUGGUGAAGAUUCAUAUGAUUACUCUGAUGAAGAUGAGUAUGAGCCAGCAAAGCAGAGAAUGAAGAAUGCUUAAGUAACAGAUACAACUAAAUCAACAUAUUCAACAGCAUAAUUUAUCCGAAACCUUACAAACACACAAAACAUUCAUUAGACCACCAAAAAAGAUUUUCUAUCUCAUCAGCAAUUGAUUAAAAAAAAUUUACGCGAAUUUGCAAAUUAACAAAAAAAGGAAAACAAUUUUCAAGUAAAUGCGAGGUGGAGGAAGUUGGAAACGUCGAAUUAAACACGGAUGGGGUUGAAGUUUGAAGGAUAAAUUGUGAAGUGGUGUGGGCUGCGUAUUAACUUUAUUCUUCCCUUUUUUGAACCCAUUCGUCAUUGUUUACUCGUCGCUUCCGCCUUCACCUGAAAUAAUUCAAUGAAUUGGAAUAAUAAAUGGAAAGAAAUCAUUUUAAAAUUAUUAUUGUGGUCCAUCGUUUUGUUGAUGAAUAAAAAGAAAUGUUGAUAAGUUAAAAUAUCUACAGCCCUAAAAGGAAAAUAAUAAACAACAGGAUUCCAGAAGAUGAAGUAAAUCAAAGAUUAUUAAGAAAGGGAAAGAAAAUUUGCUUAAACUUGGUGUAAAAAAUAUUUGACUAAUUAAUUUUUUUAAUUUUAUUUCUAUUUUAUUGUUUAUUGAAUUUUUUUUACAAAUCAUUAUAUCUGAAAAAGAUUUGUAUACUUAUGAUAGUUAAACAAGAAGUUAAAUUAUCUCCUUCAUGAUCCUUAAUGAUGCUUCAAGAGCCGACGAAUGAUUCCUUUCGCAAUGAGCAAAACACUGAAAUUUCAUCAAAUAUACAAAACAAAAAUCGGAAAAAAAAUGUUUGUGACAAAAAAGAACUACAAAACUAUUUUAUUGUGUCUGUUGUGCAUGUCUUAAGUAAGAUAUUUUAAUUUUCAUCAAGUAGAAGUUCCCUGAAGAUAUGAAAUCUAAAACAAACUUCUUUCCAGUGCCCACUUAAAUAAACGCAAUGAUAUAAAUAAAUGUUUGAACUCAAAAUUUAUAAGAAACAACUUUCAAACCUUUCUCGACUUUUUUAUGCAUAUUUAUACUUAAUUAAUGUUGGGAAAGGCUCAGAUGAUCAUAAUGAUGAUGAGACAAAAGCAACAGUAGCAAUGAAAGUCAUUCAUUAUCAUUCAACAAGUAAAAUUCUCCUUUUUUACGUUUGUAUGUUCGUUGAAGACUCCCGCACCUUCUCCUUUUUUGUAAAUACUUUUUUAAAUGUAAUAAAUGGUCAUAGUGAAGUCGUAACAUUAAGAUAAUUACAAUACAAAACAAAGAAAUCAUUAAUAAUUGUGCAUUUUCUGUUAUUUGAUGAUUGCUAAUGAGAUCACGUGUGGUGUGUGAUACUCAUCAAGAUUCAAAGAAAGCGCAGAAAUAAAUUUAAACAAAAAAAAUCUUGUUCUUUAAUCCGAAGUUAAAAAAAAGAGAAAACAAAAAUAAUGAAAAAUUGAUUCAAAAAUACAAAAAAAUGAUAAACUCGUACCUUAAAUUGUAAGAACUUGAGAAAGAAGCAAGGAAAAUCAGAGAUUUCUAAAUGUAAUUGUAAUCAUUUGACUUUGUUUUUGGAUUCGUUACAUUUAAAGGCGAUUCUCUGCUGUUGCGGGUUUGAUUAUCAAUAAGUUAAAUUAAAAAAAAUAAUGAAGCAUCCGUUGUAUCUUUGGAUGGUGGUUCAGGUUGAACCUGAAGCCUGAAACAUCCCAUUGUUGUGGACAGUCGUAUUUUGUGACGACAGAUUAUGAAGAAGUCAUCAAAAUAGAAUGAAAACUGUUAGUAACAAACGAGAGAAAAAUUUGUAAUUUAAAUUCAAUUAAUUUCCAUCACUCACCGUCUUUAAAUAAUUUCUGUUUUCAAUAAAUGUUUCACAAGCACGCUCCAUCAUUAAGAAUAGACAAAUGAAUUUUUUAAUACAAUUUACAAAUAGAUAUCAAGCUGAAUUCAACUUUUUUUAUUAAAUAAAAAAUAAAUGAUUGUGUAACAAACAUGAAGAGAAAAAAAAGCGCGAAAAAAAGAAAAACCUUGAAGAAAGGAAACCAAUUUUAGAGGAAAUAAAAUGUGAAA